GAUUAGUGGGCACUGCUGCACCGGCUCGGCCCGUGACCGGUUACCCAGCCGCGUUGGCGUCUCUUCUCCUCUCAUCCAAUCCAUCCGCUGGCAGCGGCGGGACCAGCGCCACUUGGUGCCUUAUUCCUUUCGUUUCUUCUUCCAUCCUUCUCCUUCCCUUCCAGCGUCUAUACCGAAAUACCUCUCCGACGCUCCUCUCCCCCCCGCCCCUCUUAACAGACUCGUAGUAGAGAGUUGAUGAUGCUAUUGCUGCUGCUAUGUAUGCUAUGAAUAGAAUCCUCAAUUGGGUCUACUCAACCUGAACCUGCUCUUAUCAAUCUUCAAUCAUGUUCUCGCCUUUUGCCCCCUUCGAUCUAUCCUUUUCUUACCCUUGUCCCGCCCGUUGCCUCGUCGGCGCAAAUCAUACUUCCGCUCGAUUCUGCUGCCGGUAAUCGUUCCCCCACUGCGGUUUCUACCCCUUUCCUGUAAUUUACCUGAUUUCUUUCUUCUUUUUCUUUUUUUCUUCGUUUGGUCUGCUUCGAAAAUUACACCGUUUCAGAUUCAUCACAGGAAAGGAAAAAUAAAGAUUCUUUAUUGAUUCAUUUUUUUCAUUGUUAAUGGAACCGACCGGUGGGAAGCCCAGCUUCCUCAAAAAUAUUCUGGUGCGUCUGUUUCUCUUCUGCUUGCUUCUCAUCGCCUUCAGGUUUGCUUAUUUGGUCACAAUCCGAGGUGAAUCGUGUGACAUCGGCGAUUUUUGUUUCUUCGCCUUACCGGAUAACUUCAACGUUGUAUCGAGCGUGGGACAGCUGACCAAAUCCUCUUCUUCGGCUGUUAGCUCAUCCUCCGGCAAAGCCGCGCGGUCGACGCCGAGUAAAAUUCCCGAUCUAUGGACGACCAAGGGUUUCCAGAAAGCAGUGGGAUUCUACUCCUCGGUCUUUCAGGAUCUGAUGUCUGAAGCCAUGCUAAGCCCUAAUUUCAAAUCCCUAUGCGUCGACACUCAAACGGGAGCUGACGUCUUUGCGCUGAGAGAGGUCGGCGUUGAGGAUUCCAUUGGUAUUUCAAAGAAGGGUUUCAAGCCGUUGGUGAUUCAAGGGCAGGGUUUUAAGCAGCGGUUCGGCGAUGAGACUUUUGAUUUCGUCUUCUGUGGAAAUGGGGCGGUGGAGAAAUCGGGGAGGCCUGGGGAUCUGGCAGCAGAGAUUGGUCGGACAAUGAAACCCGAAGGGUUUCUUGUCAUCCACACAGGGUCGAACGAUACUUACAGUUUUGAAUCUUUACUUGCUUUGUUCAAUUUUUGUAGAUUGGUCAAGAGUAAGAACAUUGAUGGGUUUGAUUCUAAAAUGCCAUUCAUUCGAGAGAUUGUCCUGCAGAAAAUUAGUGGGGAGGGGUAUAUGAAUCAAAUUGCUGGAAAAUCCAGCGGUGGGUCAGUGGAUAAAUGCUCUGUUCCAAGUUAUAAACGGGAUUUGAUAAGCAAAGCAGAGCCUUUGAUUAUGGAGGAGCCUGCAAAACCAUGGCUUACGCUUAAAAGGAAUGUCCAGAAGAUAAAAUAUCUGCCUUCAAUGGUUGAUAUUAGUUUCAAGCCAAGGUAUGUAUAUGUAGAUGUUGGUGCCAGAAGCUAUGGAUCGAGUAUUGUGAGUUGGUUUAAGAAGCAAUAUCCGAAGCAAAACAAGACCUUUGACAUAUAUGCAAUUGAAGCAGAUAAGACUUUUCACGAUCAGUACAAGUCCAAGAAAGGUGUUAGUUUACUACCCUAUGCAGCCUGGGUGAAGAAUGAGACGCUGUCGUUUGAGAUCAAUGAGGACCCAGGACACAAAAAUGUGGAGAAAGGCAGAGGGAUGGGCAGGAUUCAACCUGUUCAAUCUUCCGGUGCCUCUUUAUCUUCUGGUAAUGUUGAUCGCAUUCAGGGAUUUGAUUUUGCCGAUUGGUUGAAGAAUACGGUGUCAGAGAGGGACUAUGUGGUGAUGAAAAUGGACGUUGAAGGGACUGAAUUUGAUCUGAUUCCCAGGUUGUUUGAAAUGGGAGCAAUUUGCUUGAUUGAUGAGCUUUUCCUUGAAUGCCAUUAUAAUAGGUGGCAGAAAUGCUGCCCAGGUGAGAGAACAACCAAGUACCAGAAAACAUAUGGGCAGUGCAUGGAUUUGUUCACUUCGCUUAGAAGAAGUGGAGUUCUGGUGCAUCAGUGGUGGUAACUGGUAACAUAUAUACACAUAUAUAUAUAUAUAUUAUUCUAUAUACACAUAUUCUUGCUGCUAGUGUAGUGUAGCCUUUCUCAUUAUCAAGCCUUCACUUCAGUUUCUGCAAGUAAAUGAAACAUGUAGCAUUUUCCUUCCUCCCCUUUGUGGAAUACAUCUACUUUGUAUUGUAUUUAUUGUAUGUUAAAGGCAUGGGUAGAGUGUUGUAGUUGUUGCAUGAAAUUGUGUUUCACUGUAAGGACAGUGAAAGAGAAGACAUUACAGAUUCAUUUGAAAUUCCU